GUUUAUAGAGAUGAACAUGUGAAUUGUUUAAGACUAAAUCAUAAAAGGGGAGGAAGUUUGAAAUUUUUCUAAAAGGACCUUUACAUAUGGGGAAGAUGUUAUUUGCUUCAUAAAUCACCUGAUCUGUCUCCUGACAGUGAUUCAUCCUCACACAUGAUAAUAAUCUUCAGCAUAUAUUAGGAUUGAUUGGGCAAAACCAUUGGGAGUGUUGCAUCAUGGGAGGGCAGUGAAGCUGCUGGGCUCUUCUUUCAUUCAACACAAGCACAAUUUAGCAGAAAAACAAACGUCUUCAUCUCAGCUCACCGUAAUAACUAAGCUACUUGGACGGGAACAUUAUCAGAGCAGCCGUGGAACUUACUGUGAAACAGGAAGAGGAAAAAAGUGCGUGAAUAUUAGUCACGGAGGAAAUAUUGCAGAAGUUCUGAUAAAAAAAAAAGACUUAAAGAUGCUUUAAGCUGCGUCCGGGCUGACAGCUGGUCAGGCAUCAUGGAGGAGCUCAGCUUCAACGUGGACCACGGUUAUCUGGAGGGUCUGGUCCGGGGCAUGAAGGCUGGGAUCCUGACCCAGGCCGACUAUCAGAACCUGACCCAGUGCGACUCACUCGAGGACAUGAAGCUGCACCUGCAGAGCACAGACUACGCGAAGCUGCUGUCGUCGUCCGAAGGCGACCUGACUGUGUCACUGGUGGACAGCAAGCUGAGGGACAAGCUGGCCACUGAGUUCAGCUGCCUGCGCUCCAACGCGCUGCCGCCGCUCUCCACCUUCCUCGACUACAUGACCUACAGCUACAUGAUCGACAACGUGGUGAUGCUGAUCACCGGGGCGCUGAAGCAGAGGGACGUGGCGGAGCUGCUGCCGCGCUGUCACCCGCUGGGGGCGUUCGACCAGAUGGCUGCCGUGGGCAUCGCUCGCACCCCCACGGAACUCUACUCGGCCAUACUGGUGGACACGCCGCUAGGCCAGUUCUUCCAGGACGCCGUGUCGGAGUCCAACCUGGAUGAAAUGGAAGCUGAGAUCCUGAGGAACAAGCUGUAUAAGGCAUACCUAGAGUCCUUCCACUCCUUCUGCAAGGGCGUUGGUGGCGCUACCAUGGAAACCAUGUGUCCUGUCCUGGAGUUCGAGGCCGACAGACGGGCCUUCAUCAUCACGGUGAACUCCUUCGGCACCGACCUCAGCGGCGCCGACAGGAGUGCGCUGUAUCCGUCUUGUGGCAGACUUUAUCCUGAAGGACUGAGUCUGCUGGCCAAGGCGGAGGACCACGAGCAGGUCAAAGCCGUGGCCGACUGCUACGCAGAGUAUAAAAUCCUUUUUGAAGAACCAGAGCCAGGAAAAGAUUUUAAGACUCUGGAGGACAGAUUCUUUGAACAAGAGGUGAAGCUGAACACACUCGCCUUCCUGCAGCAGUUCCACUUCGGAGUGUUUUACUCCUACAUCAAGCUGAAGGAGCAGGAGAUUCGUAACAUCAUCUGGAUCGCUGAGUGUGUCACACAGAGACAGAAGUCCAAGAUUGACCACUACAUCCCCAUUUUUUAG